AUGGCAUUCACUUGCCGUGGUUUGGCAGCACUUGCUUUGCUGAUCUCUUCUGCUAUUGCGCAGAACUCUACGAACUCAACCAAGUCUGCUAUUGAUGCGAACUAUGAUGUUCUCACUUAUGUUAACCAGCUGAUUGGAAGUAGCAAUGGAGGAAAUGUUUUCCCCGGAGCAACGCUCCCUUUCGGGAUGGCCAAAGCAGUUGCGGAUACAAACUCAGGUAGCAAUCAAGGUGGCUUUACUACAGACGGAAGCCAAAUCACAGGUUUCUCUGGCAUGCAUGACUCUGGAACAGGUGGAUCACCAUCCCUCGGCAACUUUGCCCUCUUCCCGUUCUCAGGAUGUGCUGGAGAUGACGUGAAUGGCUGCCACUAUCCAAAGAAAGAGCGAGCAACUUCCUAUGUGAAUGGCUCGGUCAUAGCUACACCUGGAUACUUCGCUGUUCAACUGGCAAGCGGAAUCCAAGCAGAUAUGACUGUAACUCAGCAUACAUCACUGUUCAGAUUCAAGUUCCCAGCCAGCCAAACUAGCGGCAACGCAUCAAGUCCGUUGAUUCUUAUCGACUUGACGGAUCUUUCGGAUUCUCGACAGGAUAACGGCACCAUCUCAGUUGAUGCUGACUCUGGAAGAAUCACCGGAAAUGCACGAUUCCAACCCAGCUUUGGCAGUGGAACUUACAUCUCGUACUUCUGUGCAGACUUCUCGGGAGCACCACUUCGAGACAACGGCAUCUUCGUGGAUAGCAGAGCAAGCACUGAAGUCAAGGAUCUUCUCAUCUCGCGUUCAAUCAACGGGUACCCAUUGCCUGGAGGAGCAUUUAACCGAUUUGAAAAGGCUGACAAUGGAAUUCUGGCCAGAGUUGGAGUCAGCUUAAUCAGCAGUGAGCAAGCUUGUUCCAGCGCUGAAAAGGAAAUCUCAGAUUUCGACUUUGAUAAAGUCCAUAGAGCGGCAAAGAGCUUGUGGAGGGAAAAAAUAAGCCCCAUCAAGGUCUCAACAAACGGAACAACGACAGAUAUGUUAACCAACUUCUACUCUGGAAUCUACCGCACUAUGGUAAAUCCUCAAGAUUACACCGGAGAGAAUCCGCUUUGGGAGAGCGAUGAGCCGUAUUUUGAUUCUUUCUACUGCAUUUGGGACUUGUUCAGAUCGCAGAUGCCAUUUAUGACGAUCAUGGAUCCAGGCACGGUUACACUCAUGAUCCGGUCUCUGAUCGAUACGUAUCGCCAUGAGGGAUGGUUGCCUGACUGCAGGAUGAGCUUGUCUAAAGGGUUUACUCAAGGAGGUUCAAAUGCUGACAAUGUUCUUGCCGAUGCCUACUUGAAAGGUAUCUCUGAAAACGUCAACUGGGAUGAUGGUUACGACGCAGUAGUCAAGGACGCUGAGGUCGAACCAUAUGAUUGGUGUUGCGAAGGACGCGGUGGUUUGGAUAGCUGGAAAGCCCUUGGCUACAUUCCCGUCCAAGACUUCGACUACAAAGGCCACGGCACUAUGACAAGAAGCAUCUCCAGGACACUUGAGUAUGCCUACAACGACUUCGUGAUCACGCAAAUUGGUUCCGGGCUAGGUGGUAGAGUAGGAGACGUUGAGAAGUAUACGGCGAGGAGUGGGAGCUGGAAGAACUUGUUCAAAGCUGACCAGACUUCUUCUAUCAACGCUUCUAGCGCUGUUUUUGAAGGUUUCUUCCAGCCGCGAUACUUGAAUCGUACUUGGGGUCUCCAAGACCCUCUUGUAUGCUCGAACAUUGAUAACCACUCGAACAGCGUUUGUUCCUUACAAAGUAAUGCUGCGGAGACUUUUGAGUCCUCGAUUUGGGAGUACUCCUUCUUCGUCCCGCAUGAUCAAGCAACUCUAAUAACCAUGUUUGGCGGACCUGCAGCAUUCGUGGAACGUCUCGACUACCUCCACGAAAACCAAAUCACAUACAUCGGAAACGAGCCAGCGUUCCUCACAGUCUUCCAAUAUCACUAUGCUGGCCGUCCCGCACUAUCUGCCAAGAGAUCGCAUUACUACAUCCCAGCUUACUUCAAGCCAACGAAUGGCGGACUGCCAGGCAACGAUGACAGUGGGGCAAUGGGCUCAUUCGUCGCAUUAUCCAUGAUCGGACUCUUUCCCAACCCAGGGCAGAACGUCUACCUGAUCAUCCCACCGUACUUCGAGAAAGUGGAAAUCACCUCGCCUCUCACUGGCAAGACGGCGAAAAUAAAGAACGUCAACUUUGACCCAACGUACAAGAAUAUCUACAUCCAAUCUGCAAGACUCAACGGAAAGCCAUACACAAAGAACUGGAUCGAUCAUUCGUUCUUUACAGAAGGGAAAGAGCUGGUUUUAAUAUUGGGAAGUGUGGAGAGUAGUUGGGGAACAGAGGUCGCGGAUCUACCGCCGAGUUUGGGAGAGUAUGAGGGGUUUGGUAAUUUUACCGGAGCGUCAAAUUCCACUUUGAAGAUGGGGAAGAGGGCUAUGAGGUUUUCUGCUGCGAAUAUACUUCAUGAGAUGGACAAGACUGGUGAUGGUUACUGGGCGAAUUAGAAGAAUGAAAGCAGUCAAAUGUUUGAAGAGAAAUUGAAAAUAAGGACGCGAUAAAUGUUCGGUGGUUUUUAG